CCUUUUAUGUGAUUUUGGCCUAAAAUUGACCCAUUUCAUAUUUUCCUAUUUGUUUUUGUAUCGACAUGGCUGUCCCUCUUUCUUCUUUGAAUCUCUGUCUCUCACUCAGAGACAGAUGCACAUCUGCCAAGAAUGUCAAAAAUAUGCUCUGAUGCUUGUUUAAACCAAUUCCAUUGCAUGAUGAAUACAUAGACAUAGAACAACAAACAUUUGAAACUUGUGUGGACUUAAACAGUGGAUCUCCCCAUCGCCAUGGCCAAUUUUCAGGUGGAAAUAAUUCAACAGGAUACCGUGGUUCCGGCAUUGCCCCUCGAAGAAUCUCGGGUUCCCCUCUCUAACCUAGACUUAUUCAUUCCUCCUGUUGAUUUUGGGGUCUUCUUUUGUUAUAAACAACCACUACUGAAGCAUGGGUACAGCGAGAUUACGGGUAAGCUUAAAAAGUCUCUGUCCGAGGUUUUAGUAAGUUACUAUGUGUUGUCAGGUGAAAUUGUGGUGAACAAUGGUGGGAAGCCUGAGAUCCUAUGCGGUAGCAGGGGUGUGGAGUUCUUGGAGGCAAGUGCUGAGAUUGAGCUUAAAGAUUUAGAUUUGCAUAAACCCGAUGAAAGCGUUGAAGGGAAGAUAAUUCCUACUAAGAAAUGGGGAGUCUUUUGUGUUCAGUUGACAAAACUCAAAUGUGGGAGCAUAGUGGUGGCUUGCACUUUCGAUCACCGUGUAGCAGACGCUUACUCGGCCAACAUGUUCCUCAUCUCAUGGGCUCAAACUGCUCAAUCCAAUCCCCCCUCCAUGCUUCCAAGUUUCGAAAGAUCCCUCCUCAGUCCCCGACGUCAAGGAUCGUAUACUGUGUCCCACGAUUGCAUGUUCAUGGAGGAAUCCUUCCAACCAAUCUCCACACUCUCUAAUGACCGUCGAUGUAGUCGCAUAUACUACAUCAAAGCCAAGGAUAUCCAUCUUCUCCAAGCCAGGGCCAGCUCUAAUGGGCAACAUAGAACAAAACUCGAGUCCUUUGCCACCUUACUUUGGCAAAUCCUUGCGGCAAAACCCAAACUUGCUGGAAAUUCAAACAAAAAGUGUGGGUUGGGGAUAAUGGUGGAUGGUCGGUCCAGGCUAGGACCAGGCAUGUCUGGUUAUUUUGGCAAUGUGUUAGCAUCACCUUUUAUGGAAGCAGAGGCCUCAGAGCUGAGAGCCAUGCCAUUUAACCAAGUGGCUGGUCUCGUGCAUGAAUUCUUGAUCGGUGUUACAAAUAAUGAUUUUUUUAAAGGUUUGGUGGAUUGGGUCGAGAUGCACUGGCCAAAGCCUAUGUUACCAGCAGUUUACUUCAAGAAUGAGGCUGAGGUGCCUGCGGUGCUGCUUUCUUCAGGGCUUCGAUUUCCUGUGAGUGAUGUUGAUUUCAGUUGGGGGGGGCCAGUUUUUGCGUCAAUCCAUUUCCCGUGGGGGGGAACAUCGGGAUACGUUAUGCCUGUGAUGAGCGCACUCGGCGACGGCGACUGGGUUGUGUUUAUGCACUUGCCUGAGGGCCAAAUGGAGGUGGUUGAGGCAGAACUUGGUGAAGUCCUUCACCCCAUGACCGCAAGUUAUCUGAAGUUGAUUGAUACGGUGGCUCUCUCCAUGGCCAAUUUUCAGGUUGAAAUAAUUGAACAGGAUGCCGUGGUUCCGGCAUUGCCCCUGCAAGAAUCUCGCCUUCCCCUAUCUAACCUAGACUUACUUCUUCCUCCUAGAUUUUGUUAUAAACAACCAAUUCUCAAGCAUGGGUACAGUGAGAUAAGGGGUAGGCUUAAAAAGUCUUUGUCUGAGGUUUUAGUAAGUUACUUUGUGUUGUCAGGGGUGAACAAUGGUGAGAAGGAGCCUGAGAUUCUAUGCGGUAACAAGGGUGUGGAGUUCUCGGAGGCAAGUGCGGACAUUGAGCUCAAAGAUUUGGAUUUGCAUAAGCCUGAUGAAAGCGUUAAAGGAAACAUAAUUCCUACUAAGAAAUGGGGAGUCUUGUGUGUUCAGUUGACCAAACUCAAGUGUGGGAGCAUAGUGGUGGCCUGCACUUUCGAUCAUCGUGUAGCAGACGCUUACUCGGCCAACAUGUUCCUCAUCUCAUGAGCUCAAACUGCUCAAUCCAAACCCUCCUCCAUGCUUCCAAGUUUCCGAAGAUCCCUCCUUAAUCCCUGACAUCCGGGAUCUUAUACCUUGUCCCACGAUCCAAUGUUCAUGGAGACAUCCUUGCUGCCGAUCUCCAUACUCUCUAAUGACCGUCUCUGUUGUCGCAUAUACUACAUGAAAGCCCAGGAUAUCCAUCUUCUCCAAGCCACGGCCAGCUCUAAUGGACAACAUAGAACAAAACUCGAGUCCUUUGCCGCCUUAGUUUGGCAAAUUCUUGCAUCAGAACCCAACAAGAAAUGUAGGCUGGGGAUUGUAGUGGAUGGUCGGUCCAGGCUAGGACCAUGCAUGUCUGUUUAUUUUGGCAAUGUGUUAGCAAUGCCUUUCAAGGAAGCAGAGGCCUCAGAACUGAAAGCCAUGCCAUUUAACCAUGUGGCCGGUCUCGUGCACGAAUGCUUGAUUGGUAUCACAGACCAUGAGUUUUUUCGAGGUUUGGUCGAUUGGGUCGAGAUGCACAGGCCAAAGCCUGUGUUAGCAACAAUUUACUGCCAGAAUGAGGAUGAGAAGCCCGCAGUGCUGGUUUCUUCGGGGCUUCGAUUUCCGGUGAGUGAUGUUGAUUUCGGUUGGGGGAGGCCCGUUUUUGGGUCAUACCAUUUCCCGUGGGGCGGAACAUCAGGAUAUGUGAUGCCUAUGCCGAGUGCACUGGUAGCUGGCGACUGGGCUGUGUAUAUGCACUUGCCUGAGGUCCUAAUAGAGGUGGUGGACGUAGAACUUGGUCAUGUCUUUCACCCCAUGAACGCGAGUUGUCUGAAUUUGUAUGAUUGAAGAACCAGAAAAUCUACAUAAGAUCAUUUUACUAAUUGAUAUUAUGAA